CAGAUGAAAGCAGAGCAGGUGGCUCCAUUAAUAUUGCAUCAGAUGCAGCCUUUGUUUUUCCAUGGCAUGGAUUAUCUGUCGGUGCCAGAUCCCGUCUGUGGGACUCAGUUGUUAGCUCUGGUGUAAGAUGUGCUGGAGAUUUAUAGCGCACUGUUUACGUAGUUAAUGAGUGCCAAGGUGCAUCGGGAAAAGUUGUAGUUUUCGCCAGGACUUUGUUGCCGAUUUUCCGCGGGCAGUUUUUAGCGGAGUCGAAGUUACUUAGCGCGUGCAGCCGUAUUAAACUAGUUUAGAUUUUAAUUAACGGAUUUAAUUUUUUGCAGAUAUGCAGUGUAGUUAAAAGUGUAGUUGUUUUAUGACGUCAAAUACAUGACGCUUUUGGACGUGACGUCACCUGCUAUGACAUCAGCACCGCCUUCGUUAAAAUCAAAUAUUCUUCAACAUUACGACGUGAACAAAACCUCUUGUGACGUAAUGCCUGCCUGUGUUACGUCAUUUAACAUUAACAAUGAAGCUUACAAAUCCGAAUUCAGAAACGGGACGCCCGAUUCGAGCCCUGAUCUUGACUUUCGAUUCAACCCAAAGUUUUCGUUUCGAAAAUCGAACGGUGAACAACCUAUGUUACGUCAUCAUGACGUCAAAACCGAUACGUCAUCAUCGGAAACAUCGAACAGGAACAACAGCAACAAUCAGGUCGACAUUGAAUCUUUGGAUGAGAUGUCAAGGAAUGGUAGCGAUUCAGGGGGCUCUCCGCCAGCAACCGUGGGAAAAAGAAGCCAACCUCCGAAAAAACGAAAACUCUUCCGGGAAGCUGAAGCCGAUGUGACAUCCGAUGGCUCAGCAGCAGAUACAAGCCCUUCUGCAUUCAAGCCACGCCCCCCACGAGCAGCAAAUUCAAGCGAAAUAUUGCGUCAGAUGUACGCCGCUUUCGGUUCACCAGGUGGCGUGGCAGAGCACCUGACACGCUUCCACAAGAAUUUGGAUGAAUCUGUAACAAAUGGGAGAUCCCCCGCAACCGAUACUCAGCAACAUAGACAUCGUAUUCAAACCGAAUCAAGCAAAAGAUCUUCAGAUGAAAAUAGAGAAAUUAAAUCACAAAGUUCAAACCCACAACCCCCGAGCAUAAGUUAUGCCCACAAGAAAAGAAGGAUUGCUCACGAACCAAAUCACGGAUCAAGUUUUCAUAUUCAUGACACAUCACGUCAUGAAAAACGUGAUGUUCCAAACGAAUCACGAGGGUUCCGAGCUUACUCGCGAAAAGACCAUUAUGGUGACUCACGAUCUUCACGUGAUGACGAUGAACCAAACGAAAUACUGCAAAACAAUCACAAAAACUCACCAUCACGAAAACGUCAUAUUUCACAAGAAAUGAAGAUCACGAAAAGGCCGCGGGGAAACUCCCCUGGAUCCCCUGAACCCCAGGUCACCAACCCAUUCAUGGAUUACUACAGAACCAACCCAUAUUCGACCCCAUAUAACCCACUUAUGUUUCACCCAUCUUUAGCAGCUUUUGGGUUACCAAGUAUCCCCUUUGUGCCCCAAUUACCCCACCCAGGAGCCGUAGGAUCAGCUCCUAACCCCCUAUUAUAUAGCGGAAACCCCUACCUCCCCAACCCUUUACUUCUACGUGAGAUGUUGACCCAGCAGAGUGGCGUGGCGUCUGCACUCCAUGGCGGCUUGUCAGUGCCACCCAUGCCACAGAUGUCACUUGAGCAACUUCAAGCCCUUCAAAGCAUGCCAUUCUUAACUCAUGGUAUGCUAGGCGGCGGGCUAUACCCCCCUAAUCUAUCCCAAACCCUUAACAACUCUUACCUACUGGGCGCUAAAGAUCCAAAGACUAGACAUCAGCGGCUUACUGAACCCCACCGAACCCCCGAUAGUUACCCUCAAUCACCAACAAACAGACUUUCCACUUCCCAAUAUCCGAAGAUUCAAAAACCAAGAGCAGCCAUUCCAUCCACUUCCAUUCACUCCCCAUCUAUUACCGAUCCACGAAAACUGUCAACCGAAGAAUCAACGGUUCAAAUCCCAGUGUUGGGAGACAAGCAUUACAAGAAAUCACCGAAAGACAAACGAGACAAACAGCUUUGCAAAACAAGCAAACUAACUUCCAACAAACAGGCAAAACCUGACACUCAUAAAGUUGAACGACGAAACUCAGAAAAAUCGAAACCUAAACCAAUUCAAGAACGCGUAACCACUAAUAUUCCACCCGCCCUGCCAACACCAUCCGAUAAUGAAACUGUGAAUCCGGUCCCCGUGUCGAGACCAAGAAGUCCGCUCGCAAUCCCCGGGCUUCCGAUGCAUGGAAAGCCCGCCAGUUACAAGAAUCUCACCCGAGAGCGACGUUUGGUCGCCAACGCUCGCGAACGAACACGAGUUCACACCAUUAGUUCCGCCUUCGAUGAGCUUCGAACCCAGAUACCAAGUUACUCAUGCAACCAAAAGUUAUCCAAACUUGCAAUCUUAAGAAUCGCUUGUUCUUAUAUCCGAACGUUGUCAGUAUUGUCUGGUCGUGACGAAACCACCACCUUUGAUCAGGGUGUGGACCAAUGCACACGUGUGUUGCAGGCUGAAAGUCGCGCUCGAAGUCGAAGGAAAACCAACAAAGCUCAGAUUGAGUGGGAGAUGACAAACUAUGAACGUCAUAAUCGACAAACGUCAAUCGAUGGUGACGUCACAACAAAACGUCAUAAAGAAUCCACUGAGGUGUCACGUGAUUCGUGCCCUAAGACAAAAGAACCAAUCAGCGACCGCCAACACGUCGAAACCUGUAGUUCAAAAUCUACUGUUGCUAUGGACGAUGAUGACGUCGAACAUAUUGACGUCACUGAUGUUGAUGACGUAGUUGCCCCGAAUGACGUAUUUGAUGACGUUACGAAUAAACCUUCUCGCUGUGACGUAGACGCGUUACAAGAUAAUGUAUUUGAUCCCAAGGAGAAAAAAUCGGAGUGUAACGUGUCGUCCAAUGAAUGACGUCACAUUUCUACGUGACCUAACGCAGUGAACUUUCCGUCCAAUUCUGCUUCCUAUUCCAAUCAACCAUGCAAUUAUUACGUCAUCAAGUUCCUUUGUUACGACUUUGCAAUAUUUUCAAUAAAGCUGCUCCUGUUAAA